UUUAUUUGUGGACUACAGACGGCUGGUUCAAUAGAAUUCGCUAAAAAAUAUAAAAUAAAAGGAAACAUGAGAUCGAUUUCAGUUUUUUAUCAUUAUUAAUUAGUUUAAUUAAUGGCGGGUCUUUAAGUGUUGUGAAUUUACUGUCGCACGUCUUCUAUAAACCCUCAAUAUGGCUAAAGAAAUGAUGAUAGUUUUUGUGUAUGACACACAAUGCUGCACUUCAGAGGAAGACGAUCCUAUAGAUGCAGUGCUGUACUUCCACCCAGGCUGGGUGUCAGACGCACAGCGGCAUGCGUUGGCAGGACAGGUGGUAGGAACUGCGCAUUGUGUCAAAUCCCUCUUCUCUCAGCCAGUGGCGAUAACACUUCAGAGCGGGAAAUUCAUCAUCAGAGAAUAUGGGAGGUAUAUCUUGGCGAUAGGAAGUGACCGAAACAUCCCCGACUGGGUGCUCAAAAACCGGGCCAGUCUCCUGACUUCCAUGAUCAAGGUCUACCAUGGGGACCUGCAGGCCCUGGCUGAUCAGAUGGAGGACUCGAAGAGGCUGUCCGAGAAGUUGUAUCAGAUCUUCGAGACGUACUUGCCGGUGCUGCAGUACGGGUGUCAUAUCUUCCAAAGAGUGCCAAUGCUUACGCUGCCAAAGAGUGCAACGUCAGUAUACAUGGAGUCAAUGCAGAUCCUCGACCACUGUCGCAAGAGUAAAGGCGUGCUGGGCGGCGUCAUUUUAUAUAACAACAAGAUCAUAUCAACUCAACUCCCGCCGAGCCUCACAUCAUUCUUGACCGUGGUAGACCCGUACAGGAUAAAAUCCCCGGCAUGUCCACUGAACGAAGCCCCCCCACUGCCUUUGGGAGCCCAACUGUUGGUGGUGUACGUCGCGAGAAACAUGUACCAUAAGCUGAAGAAGGAAGCCGCCACGUAUCAAGAGUUUCACGAGCAAGGGGAGGAAAUUAUUACUAAGUUGAAAAAGAACCAAGAAGCCGAACGCGAGAAAUCCCGAGAAUUCCCCCAAAGCGGCAUGAAGAGGGACAAGUCACUACUUUUCACCGCGGUCCCGGAGGAAGACCACACCAUGAUCUCGCCUCCCAGCCGCGAGAAACCCUCGGAUCCCGACAGGAAACCUGCCAUGCCCGACGUAGUCCCUUUCACCAACAAACCGCGCCAAAGACCGACCAAACUAUCAUUGAGCUUCAAAAACCAAAAGUCCCUGGACGAGGAACAGAAAGACGAAAAUGUGUUCACGGGACAAACCAGCGUUUGCUCCACGCCAAUGGUCGAAUUCAAAAGACUCCACGGCAAUAUACUAUCCAUAUGCCAAAACCCCGAAGCUCAAGAUAAACAAGAAGACGAGCCAGACGUACUGAAGAACAUAGAAGAUGCCAAACUUAAUAUAGAAAACGAGAAACGCGACAACAAAAUUGUACUAGACAUGAAUUGCAUUGCGGACCAUUAUAUAAACAAACCGGAGCCAAUCAGAAAGCUGGCGAGCGUCACGGAUUUACAAGACACCAUAAAGCGGAUCUCCAAUCGAGCAACAUCGAAAUUCAAGUUAAAACAUUCGAAAACAGAAGUGAAUGAUACGUCACCGAGUCAACUGCAGAAACCGUUCAGUUCCAUGACAAUAAACGACCCGUUGUUCCCAGUGUUCAGAAACGACGGUGUAGCUAUAUCCGAAUCGUUAUUCAAUCAGUAUUUGGAACAGCAUUAUUCUAGAAUGCAUCAAGAAUCAAAAGAGGACAAUAUGUUUACGUUUAACAGAAAGAUUUGCGAGCAAGAGAAAUUUGAGGAUUUCGAUUCGGAAUUGAUUAAAUCUCCUCAAAGAACGCCUAAGAAAGUGGCCAAAGAUUCAACGAAAACUAUAGAUCAGUCGCGGAGAAAAUCUUUAUCUUUGCCUUUGAAAUCUUUGUCUGAGAGUUCUGAUUCUCAAAUAGGGUCGGAUAGUGAAGCGACGAGUUUGAAGAAGAAGUUGACUGGGGUUCAGUUGACUCCGCUGAUGGAGAAGCUGAGUCACUUGGCGUUUUCCGACAAGUCUAGCGGGUAUAGCAGUAGAGUCAUGACUCCGCUGGAGCUGAGAGAGUUCCCAACGCCCUCAGCUGAGAGACAAGUCACGUUUUCAGAAAGACCAAAAGCACGUCGCGAAGACUCAGACAGCGAUUCCGACAUUGAAUCUGACCUCGAAGAGUUGCCGGAGUUCAGCAAACGCGCCGAGAAAUGCGCGCUGUUCGUCAGCGGACUGCACAACAUGGCGUUACUAGCGCUGAUCGAUACCAGCGCGCCGCUAGAAGCAGAGACUAUCAACUCACUGUGGGAGACAUCACUAAACGCGCUCGGACCAAUAGAACAAAAAUGUAUGGAGCCGCUGAGCGCCGGGGACGAAACCACAGACUACAGCUAUUUGGUAUUAGACCCUGACUGGGGCACCGUGAAGAAGGGCGGGCCGUGGCCGGCGCUGGAUAUAGCCACCAUGGGCUUCAUACACAACGAGUUCGCUGAUGACCCGGAGAUGUCGGAAUUUAUUUUGAGGAGCGACGACAGCGUAGUAGUUGGCAGUGGGUGCGGCGGCGCACAGGUUUACUACCAGGAGCGAGGGCCGCGAACCGCCGGGCCUCCGCCGCCCUCCGACGCGCUGUGCGCCGCGCCGUUACGCGCUAGGCGGAGACUGGCGAGAGACCACGCUACCUUGCUGCUAUAAGUUCUACGGGUGAGCCAAUAGAUGGCGCUGUUAUUUUUUGUUUGUGUAAUUUUUGACGGUAGCUGAAAGCUCUACUUUGACGCGCUGUGCCGCGCCUUUAAGAGUUAGACGGAGAUUGACUAUUGACUUGUGCUUUAGAAUGUUGACAGUUGUGUAUAUUGAAUUGUUGUGGUAAUUUUACCCCAUCUCCAUAAGUGAGAUAAGUUACCGAAGGACUGCAUAUUGGAAACGUUCCUUUACAUAAGGAAUACCAAUGUCUUCAACCCACACUCUUAUUAACGCAGAAAAUAAACCUCUUUUUGGGAGCCCACCCUCCUUCAUUCUUAAUGUAAUUAUACCAAGAACUUCAAGAAGUAACAGCAAUUAAGUUUUUUUUUGUUACUGUAUUACUUUCACACUUAAAUUAUUAAUUCCGUAUUAUAUGUAGAUGGCGAUACUCCUGUGUUCGAACCAAAUAUAUCCAGUGAGACAAAAGCUGUUAAUCUGCUGGUUUGGAAAAAAAUCAUGACUCAAGAAAAAGUCAAUAGAAUAAUCGUUCAGUCAAGAUCUUAAGUAGUCUUCAGCUUAACAUGUAGACGAAUAGCGGGUAAUACUGAACAUUUCUCUACUUAACACCUGAUAAAAUUUUCAGGACCUACGGAGAGUCGCUUCUUGUACAACCUUGACUUACCCACUCUAAAAUCAUGGUCAUAGGCGCAGUCGGAGAAAGGUGAGGACGCAACUGGACUUACGCCAGGAACGAAGUAUGACGCCUACUGGAAGACCAAAACUCAAUGCGUGUCUAAUAAAUUGCACCUACAAAAAACGCGUUAGGAAAUUACUAGGCGGCUGAUUAUGUAAGCAGUGCUCGAACUGGCUUCCACUGUAGGCUCCUAUUUAAAAUUUAAUAAAUUUGCCAAGUAAAGGGCAUUCUAUGGAGUCGGUGGUGAUAUAUUUAAAUAAAAUUUGUCGUGAUUGAGCUAUUUUAUGAGCCACUUAGGAAUUUACGGUAUUUAAAUUACUUAAAUGCCAAUGUGUACAAAAAUGGAAGAAGAAAAUGGAGAGAGAUAGUCUCUGCCUACCCCUCCGGAAAAGAGGCGUGAUUUUAUUUAUGUAUGUAUGUAUGUGUACAAAACUAUGUAUCUAAAUACAUAUGUAUUAUGUAUUUGACUGUUAUAUGGACCGUUGUUAAGGAAGUGUGUAUAAUUGAUAUGUUAUUGAAUGUCAAAAAAUGAAAUACUUAUACUAUUCAAUACUUGAAAUACUAUCAAGGAAUGAAAAUCGAUGUUUAUGAAAUACCUACUUAAAUAAAUCAGUGAUUGGAAUUAGUUCAAGGACAUUGAUUAUUGAUUAUUAAUAAUAAACUUAAACUAUUAGGAUAUAUUGCUUAUAAAUAUGUAUUUGUAAAGCUUUUGACGAAGCAUAUUGUGGAUAAAUAAAUGUAUUUUUUUUAUUAAAAUUUUUAAUACAUUGUAAUUUAUGGGAACUUAAGACGGCUAAUUCUUGUUAAAUAGUUCAUCUCCGUUAAUAAGCAAAAGUUAUAAUAACUUAUGAAAACGCCUUGCCAAAUCUUCACAUUUUAUUGCAUUCCACGCAAAAUACUCGUUUUCACGCACUACAGUGUAAAAAAAGUCUGAAUACAUUAUUUUUUAUUAAGCAAAGUGAGAUUAAAGCAGUAUGAUUUUAUAAUUAUUUAUAAUUUUUAUAAAUAGGAUAGGCAACUAUUUGAUUAUAAUUAAGUGACACACCCAAUUAAAGUGAGACUUUUUUAGCCAAGUAGACAAUUAGUACAGGUGUUUACAUAUCUAAAUAUCAACAAUAUUAUAGUAUACCAAAGCAGAUGUAGACCUCUUAACAGGAGUAGGAUUAUUUAGAUUUCAUUUUGUAUAUUUUCUAGACGCAUGUAGUCGCCAAAAUAUUAUAACGCAAGCGAAUAACGCUGUUAAAUUGUAGCAAUUCAGUAGACGUAUUUUGUAAAUUAAUUGAUAUUUUAUAUUAAGUAGAUAUAGGUAUAAAUGUAGUGAAUGACGCUUUAACACGCCGAUAUUGUGUAUGACGAUUUAAAUAACCGUUGCCAUCUUUUUGCAAUCCACGCUGUUCAUUCUUUUUAAAAUAAAUAAAUAUAUACGGGACAAAUUACACAGAUUGAGUUCUUUUCUCAUCAUGCCCUGGCCGGGAUUCGAACCCGGGACCUCCGGUGUCACAGACAAGCGUAGACACUACCGCUGCGCCAGAGGUCGUCAAUUCAUUCUUAUUAGAGGAGAAGUUAGAAGAUUAAGAUAUUACAUUAAAAGGAGAGUCCUUGCUGAAGUCUCUCGCUCUAACGCAUUAUAUUAAGAACUGAAUAAUGGUACAGUCGUCAACACAUCAACUGUUUUAAAGCUAAUAAAACGACUUGCGGGUUUUUUAAUUAAUUAUCUAGUUCCUUUAUUGCCGGUUGAUCCCUUCAUCGAUAACUACGCCAUUGCAGGUGAUUUAUUUUUUUAUAAACUAUGUACUAUUUGUUGUAACUGCGUAAAUUUCCGUGCAAUAAAAAUAUCUAAUUCUAAUAAUGUAACUAGAUAUUCAGUCGACUGUACUAGCUUAAUCGAUUGCUUAUUAUUAACUUUUUAGAAAUUGAUUGCAAAAAGAGUUGCGGGUACAUUUAGAAAUUUAGCAUUCUUAGAAGGCUAGAAAAUGGAUAUUUGUUUUAUUUGUACAAAUAUUUGACGCAUAUUCAUAAUAGUAGUUAGCUAUAGAUUUACUUUUUAUAAUGCAAUAGGCAUAUGGUCUGGCGUCCACUAUCAGCAUAUGAUGUUAAAACAACCACAUGAUUUUAGAGGGUUUUUUAAUGAAAAUAUAAGAUUGAUUUGACCCUUCAAUCUUUCAGAUGCCUGACUGUUUUAGAUUUAUACAUGUCAUCACUGUCAGGUUAGGUAGGCUCUUCGUACAUUCGUUUUUAACGACCUAGGUGUGCCGAUAGAGGGCGCCUUGACGCAAUGCUCUAUAAAUUUCUUGCCACUUUAAAAUUGUCUACCCUCCAAAAUGCGAAAUUUUUAGCAUAUACAUAGAUACUAUUUAGCUUAUAUGUUUGCCAAAUUAAUAUGUUAUUUAUAAAAUAGUGCUUGUAAUUAGUCAUUACAAGCACUUGCCACUUAGUAAUUAGUCAUUGCUAAAUAUCGUGUAAUCGUUUGCCCUCCAAAAUAGUACGCUCAGUUCGGCUUACGCAGUAUUGCCACAGUGUGCUCAAAAUUACCUGCCGAAUACAGGAAUGUGCUAAAAACAUUUAAUACUUAGGCUUUAAUUUUUUAUAUCAAAUACAAAGACAAUUCAAUUUGGUUAUUAGUGUAAAAACUGUGAUUUUGUUUUUAAUUCUUUACCCAUGUCUUUUAUUUCACAGUAUUAGAUUCACUGGUAUUAUUACUUAGCAUUCCAAGUUAAACUUUCCAGAGGCUUCUAAAGCUAUUAUAAGCAACUAUUUGUUUUAAUUUUAUCAUAAUUCUUACCUUUAUUGCUUCAUAUCUUCUUCCAAUGUUUGUUUUAAGAUUUUUAUAUUUAAAAAAAAGUGUUUCACGUUUACUAUGUUAUUGUUAUUAAUUUAAUAUUAUUUAUGAUAACAGCGUGGCCACAUGAUCAAGUGCAAAAUCCUAAUAAAGGGCAUAUUAAACAAGCUGGAAUCCGCGGUUGAUCCCUAGAAUUUCGCCAUUAGACGAAACGUUAACUUUUACACUUUGGUAAAAACCAUUGAAAUUUGAAAUGGAAAUUAGGAAGUAGCAGUACUUAUUAACUCGACUGCGAUAAGGUUUCUUUUUUUAUUUUGCAUUUCAUCAUGUGCCCGUCUGUUCUACUUUAAACCGCGUCCAGUGCAAAUGCCAAUUGAUAAUGCUAAAUAUUAAUUUCUUUACUAUUUAUUAUUUUUGGUGUUGCCAUAUUGAAUGGAGUGCCAAUAAGUGUGGUAUCUAUUUAUAGUAUACAUAGUGUUGUAAAGAAUUUUAAUAAAAAAUUUAAACUACA